GACGCCAAGGCGGGCAUUGCCCUGAGCGGCAACUUCGUGAAACUGGUGUCCUGGUACGACAACGAGUGGGGAUACUCCAACCGCGUGGUGGAGUUGAUUGAGCACAUCUCCAAAGCUUGAUUAAGAGAGUGUGCGUAGGUAGCAGGUAUUUAGGAGUGUACAUGGGAUGCUGGUGUCGAGAGUAUCGGCUGCACCAUCGGCAGUCGCCGACCACGGAGCGUGGCGUAUGCGAUUUGGUUCGGCCGUUUCAUUGUUGCGCGUUUUCGUUGCAUUGUAGUUGAGUAGUCUGGGGAUUAGGAAGGGUCUCAGGUUGAGCACCAAUCAAUUACAUUAGGUCGU